UGGUUGAAACUAUUUGCAACGAAAAAGAAGGACAAAAUGUCAAUAUUUUAGAGCUGCAUUGUCCUCCUCUUCCUUUCUCAAACCGAUCUGAGGCUUUAAAGCGACAAACAUCUCUUAAGCUUGAACCAUACUCUUUUGUUGCUGUUGAAGUGGCGGUGGUGGUGGUUGGAGAUGCCGGAGAAGGCAAUGAGUUAUUUACUUUUGAAACCAUUGAUACCAAGGUGGAGUCCCUUGCGUCAUUGGCGUUUUGGAGUGCUGACGGCUUUGGUUGUUGUUGGGAUGGUCAUAGUUUGGAGCGUAGAUGGGUGCACCAUAAAAAGCUUUCUCGAAGUUUGGAGGUUCAGACAAGAUUUCGUAGCCACGAAACUCAGUACUCGCCCGGCUAAUCUCACCCAAAUCCAUCAAACUUCGCCAAAUUUGAGCUGGGUUUCAGCUGAAUUAGAACCCAACUUGACCUCCAAUCUUGUCGCCCGGUGGUUGGCUCCAGGAGGUGAACCUUGUAAGGAUUCCAAGACGGUACAGAUUUCGAUUCCUGGUUUGGAUGGUAGGAACUUGAUUGAUCUUUCAGCCGGUGAAAUCCAUGAAUUUGGUUUUCAAGCACUGGAUGAGUCUGGAAAUCCACGCUGUUUAGGUGGAGAUUACUUUGAGACUGAUCUUUCAGGGGAUUCUUGGAAAUCCAGACCGUUAGUCAAAGAUUUUGGUAACGGCUCUUAUUAUGUUUCGCUUCAGGUUCAUCCCAACUUUGAUGGGGAUUACAAUCUGACAGUUAUCCUGCUAUUUAGGCAAUUUGAAGGCCUGAAAUUCUCACCUUGGCGAUUCGCGUUUGAUCGAGUGCUUCGGAAAAUUCCGAUCAGGUUUUACAAAUCCUCAGGUCACUUGCAUGAGCUACAAACUUGUACAGAAUCUGACUUUAGCGGGGAUAUUUGGUCUGGGAGGUGGACUCGGCAUGGUAAGAAUGAUGAUUGUCAAAUCAGUAGUGAUGGUCGUUACCGUUGCUUACCACCUGACUUUCCAUGUCAGAGUCCGUGGUGUAGUGGCUCACUGGGUUUGUUAGAGAGUAAUGGUUGGGUCUACUCUGCACAUUGUGCUUUUAGAUUGUUUCUAGCUGAUUCUGCUUGGAAUUGCUUGAAGAAUCGGUGGAUUUUCUUCUGGGGUGAUUCAAAUCACGUCGAUACAAUCCGAAACAUGCUCAAUUUUGUCUUAGAUUUGCCUGAUAUUCCCUCAGUUCCCAGGCGGUUUGAUAUGAACUUCUCAAACCCAAAACAACCGUCUCAAUCGGUUAGAAUUACUAGCAUUUUCAAUGGGCACUGGAAUGAGACGGGCAAUUAUGAAGGGUUGAAUUCAUUGCAAAAUGAAGGAUUUAGGAAUUUGUUAAAGAAGUACUUUUCAGAAGACACAGUUCCAGACACAGUGAUCAUGAACUCUGGAUUACACGAUGGUGUUAAGUGGAAAAAUCUAAGGGCAUUCUCUGGUGGGGCAGAUUACGCGGCUUCAUUUUGGGCAGAGGUUAUGGAGUCAUUGAAGCAGAGGGGAUUGGCAGUGCCAAAGGUUUUCUACAGGACCACUGUAGCAACUGGUGGAUAUGCUAGGUCGCUGGCAUUUAAUCCCAAUAAAAUGGAGGCUUUCAAUGGUGUAUUGUUGGACAAAUUGAAGCACGCUGGGGUAGUUUCUGGCGUGAUCGAUAACUUUGAUAUGACUUUUCCUUGGCAUUUUGAUAAUCGGUGCAAUGACGGUGUGCAUUAUGGUCGAGCUCCGCUGAAGAUGAUGUGGAGAGACGGCCUAAUUGGGCACCAGUAUUUUGUAGACCUCAUGUUAGUUCAUGUGUUGCUCAAUGCACUCUGUGCAAGAUGAAUUUAUGCACUAUUCUGCAGAGUUGGAGCCCCUGAGGGUGGCGUUAUGGCAUGAUAUUGAGAACGCAAAUGCCAGGCCAUUCAUAUCUCUCAGCCAAGAAAACAAUGGAUUAGAUGCCAUAUGCACUGUAAG